GACAUGUUCACGUGACUGGUUUUACGUUCGAUUUCAAACAUGGCCGCUGUGGAUAAAUAAAGAUUUGUGACAGAAGAUUUUAUCGAUUUAUCCAAAACUUCAGGAUUUAUUUCAGAUUCUCGAAUAUGGAGAUAUAAUUUCUAAAUGGUUUGAAGAGUGUGUUAUUAUUUUAAUUUUCAUACGAUCAAAAAUUCCGACAGGAGCCGAUAAACUUUUGACCCUAAUAAAUUUGUUCGAAUUGGCUCAACAAACGUCAAAUAACUAAACAUAAAACGGCCCUUGCAUUGUUAUCAAAAAUGGCAGACGAGCAAGAUAUCAUUGGCAGUGCGUCGGAAUUUAUUAAAGAUCGUCUUUACUUUGCAACUCUUAGAACACGGCCACGUUCAUCAGCACACACUCACUAUUUCUGUAUAGAUGAAGAAUUGGUUUACGAAAAUUUUUAUGCAGACUUUGGGCCUCUGAAUAUGUCAAUGUUAUACAGAUAUUGUUGUAAACUCAAUAAAAAAUUAAAGUCAUUUUCAUUGGCAAAGAAAAGAAUAGUACAUUACACAAGUUUUGAUGCCAGAAAAAGGGCAAAUGCUGCCUGUCUCAUAGCCAGUUAUGCAAUUAUAUAUUUAAAAAAGACACCAGAAGAAGCAUACAGACCGUUGGUUGCUGGUUCAAACCCACCGUUUUUACCCUUUAGGGAUGCCUCCUUUGGUGCCUGUACAUAUAACCUCACAUUAUUAGAUGUUUUACAUGGUUUAAAUAAAGCAUUAGCAAAUGGAUUUUUUAAUUUUGAUACAUUUGAUGUGGAUGAAUAUGAACAUUAUGAGAAGGUAGAAAAUGGAGAUUUCAACUGGAUUGUGCCAAAUAAAUUCCUAGCUUUCUGUGGACCACACCCCAAAACCAAGAUAGAAAAUGGUUACCCAUUACAUGCUCCUGAGGCCUACUUCCCGUACUUCAGAAAACACAAUGUUACAUCAAUUGUGCGUUUGAACAAGAAAAUAUAUGAUGCACGUCGGUUCACAGAUGCUGGUUUUGACCAUUUUGAUCUCUUCUUCAUUGACGGAAGUGUUCCUAGUGACACUAUAGUGCGGCAGUUUCUAGAACUCUCGGAAAAUGCUGAAGGUGGUAUAGCUAUUCACUGUAAAGCUGGUUUAGGUAGAACUGGUACACUGAUCGCAUGUUAUAUGAUGAAGCAUUACAAGUUUACAGCAGCAGAGGCCAUUGGUUGGUGUAGGGUAUGUCGGCCAGGCUCAAUUAUAGGACCACAACAAAACUUCCUUGAGGAAAAACAAGCAUGGUUGUGGAUGCAAGGCGAUUUAUAUAGGGCCAAAGUGAAGGAAGGAGACAAGAGGAGAGAGAGACAUCAUAGUGUCUCUAAACUAUUGACUGGUGUAGAUGACAUGAGAAUACAGGACUCACUAGAUGUUGGUUAUGUCAAUGCUUGGAGCAAUGAAGAUGAUAGAAUAUACACUGGCCCAGUAACAAGAGGAACUAGAAUUGAAACACAGGGUGAUAAACUGAAUCAGCUGAAGCUACUACGGGGUAAACACACACGGUCUGCCACUACAGGAGGUUUAGGGCACGAGGAUGUAAAAAGUCACAAAAGAUCCACAACUCAGCCCCUCCGAACAACCUCAAAAAGUGCACAUGGGUCUGUUAUGUCCCCCCUGAAAGCCAGUAAAGUUAGUUCAGUGCUCACCAACAACCAUGCCAACACGAGUUCCAUGAAGAGAGGCACAAGACAUUCAGGGUCAACCACAAGUGCCAAGAGAAAGCAUACACACAAUUAUAGUUUGAGGAACACGAAAGGCGUGUCUCCUAGUUUGAGCCACGGAGACAUCUCGCAUGGCCUCCGGUCAAGUUACAUCGAUAAUAUGUCCAUGGAUUACAAAUCUGCAUCCCUGUAUGACACUAACAUCGAAUAUUCCUCCGUCUCUGGUACAUGGCCGUACAAAUAUCAGUCUUACACGUCUACAUCUAGCAAUAGAGAGAGAGAAUAUGCCGUUAGGGAAAGACCGAAUUAUGGAGAAUAAUAAUACAAAAUAUUGAUCGGUUCCACAUACCCGCAGUACUAAGGCCUCGCUGAUACGGUGACCUUGUUUGGCUGACCCCAUUUUGUUGUCAGGGCAACAUAAAUUUUGUUAUUGAAGAAACUGUGAUGUGGAUGUGAAAUUUCUAUGCAGAUACUGUUCAGGACUAAAAAUUGAUUGUUUUCAUGUGUCUGUACAAACAAAAAUCAUGUUAAAUGUAGAAACAUUGUUCUAGUCCAUUUCCCAUUACUUGUAAUCUUGCUUAAACAAUAAUGGUUUUAUUUUCUUUUACUUUCUUACCUACUUACUAUCAAUGGUUUAUUAGAAAUUAUAUUUUACUGAAAAUUUAAAACAAAAAUUUAUGAAUUUUGAUAUUUUAAAUUAAUUUUACUUGGCAUAUUGCAACAAUGUUAUCUAUAUUUUUUAUAAGAAUUUAAAUAUUUUAACUUUUAUAGCAAUAAUUAUAGCAACUGUUGUUAUGGUAACAGAUGCCUUUUAAAAUGAAAUAAAUAUGCAAACUUUUGGUUCAGUUGUUUUAUUGAAGGCUUGCAAUAACUGGUGUGAUUUGAGAACACCUGUUUUAACACAGACUAAUUAAAGCUAAACUGGUUACGUAAACAAUCAUAUAGAAAUUUCCCCCAGUAUUUUAAGAUUUUUGAAAAAAUAUGCUGUUAUUCAUAACUAACACGGAAAUAAAAUUGUUUGGGUGAAAAUAAUGAAAUUCCAUAUCUGUUAUUUUGCAUUAUAAUGCAUUUAGAACAACACAACAUGUUUACAUGUUUUAUGUACGGUGUUUGUUUUUGUGUGGCAAGAACUUAAAUUUUAACCACAAGGUUAUUAAUUCAUUUUAUCAUUGGUUUUACAUGUUUCUGAAGUUGUUUACGGGAAAUUGUCAUUGACGUUCAUCAAUGAGUUGUAUAUUUUAAAUCACUGUACAUUGCCUGUACUCUUUCUAUCUAUCUAUAUAUAUAUGACCAUUUAUAUUUGUUGUUUAAUAAACUUUAUUUAUUUUAGAAUGUUAUAUGGACUGUUUUAUACAUGUAUAAACUAUUUUCGACAUGUGUAUUGGAUAUUUUAAUUGUGCAAACUGAAUUGUUGAAGUCUGUGAUAUCUAACAAUCAGUAAUGGCAAUGAGUGAACUGUAUCUGUUAUUCUCAUGAAAUGGCCUAUUCAUGUUAACGUUAGGGUAAAGUGAUUGAGCAAUUCUUUAAAAAAAUUCUUUAUAUUGACCUAAUAGUAUUAUUUCAACACUGAUAAAGGACAUUUGUAUAAAUAUUUGAUGUCACUGCAUCUUAAUUGUAGCUUAAGUAGUUUAGUUCUGACUUACUUACAUGUUCCUUUGCAUUUAAUUCCUCGUUAAGGGUAUCAUUCUUUUUAUAAAAGACUGCCAAACAGGUAAUGUAUGGAAAAUAAAGGUUCCUGUCUAGAUUUACGAGGGUUUGUAUACAUUUCAUAAUAAAACAAACGUUUCAUCACCUUAGUGCAAUAACUGGUUAACUCCUUUUAAAUUUAGAAGGAUUUAAACUGUUACUGCACUAAGGUGACAAUUUUAUGAUCUAUGUCAUAACUUCUAGCAAGAUUUCUAACAUAAGAAGUUUUAUAUUGACAAAUUGGUUCUUAUAUUAAGGUAAUUUUAUAAUAUUGUAAUCAGUUCACACAUUGCCAUUAGUGAAUAGAGAUUUUUAUAUGUAUAUAGAGGUCACAGAUUACUAGUGUUGUAAAUUUUGUGUAAUGAAAUUGAUGUAGAGGUACUGAAUUGUAAUUGUAUAUUGAAUCAGUGUAUUUUCCUCUUUUUAAGUUUAAAACAAUAAUUGAUGGAAUGGCAUGAAUUAUUAUUGAAUUAUACCUACAGUUGUUUUUGUUAAUUCAUUAUAUACCAUGACGUACAUAACAUUUGUAUGGUCAGCUUGAGAAAGAACUUUGUAUAAAAAAAAGAAAAGAAAAUUAUAUGUUUACAUGAAAUUAUAUAUUUUUGAAAUGGCAAUGUGCUAUGAAGUAUGUUUUUUAGGAGACACACACAAAAAUGUAAUCAAGAAUUCUUAAUAGUAAUGACUAUGUAACUUAACGAGAUAUUACUGUCUCAGCCAGUCUUUUGUAGAAGAUUAUCUGUAACAUGUCCCCUCCAUGCAACAGUCAUUGUACAUGUAUUUACAAAAUGUAAUAUCUUCUUUGUUUUUCUUUUAAUUUUUAUUAGAUUUCCUGUACUUGAAAAUAGAAGAUUUUACUUUAUAAUUACCAUACUAUUUUAUUAAAAUAUUUAUGAUAUUUUAGAGAGAUCAUACAUGUUUAUAUUGCUUGAGAAUAUUUGUAUGGCAAUGACAUGGUAGUAAGUAUGACAUGUAGGUGACCGGGCUCACCAUUCAGUGCCUACAUUGACAGGUCUGUAAAACUUUGAAACCAGAAAUUCCUUCACUUGACAGCUAUCUUUUGUACAAUAAUUUUGAUGUGAUAGUUUAUAGUGGUCAGUAAUGUGUUACUGUGUAUGGGAGGUAGAGAGAGAUUUACAUGUAUAUAAAUGCAUUUCCUUACUGCUGUAUGCAUACUUUUAUAGAUAAUUUUAUAUUUAGGAUAUGAAGAGCAUUAUUUUUAGAAAGGAAAAACUGGGACAUCUGAAUGAAUUGAAGAAGGAAACUCUCCUCAAAUUAUAUAUAUAUACUACACAUGUUAUUCCAGCACCUAGUAAAUUGAAAUAAUUUGAAGUGUGCACUCUUUUCAAUCACAUUUUUGUAUGGAAAUGUUUCAUUAAACAAAUCAUGUAGAAUAAAGAUAAAUAAUCAUUUCGCUACUUGCUAGAACACAGUGAUAAUGCAGCAUUUUUGGGUGUUUUGUUGAACAUUUAGACAUGUUAAGUUAUUAACAGUAUUUACACAUUAACAUGUUGUUAACUGUGACUUUAGUCGCAGGGUUUUUAAGUUAUUUCCUUUUAAAGCUUAAACUGGACUAUUUAGGAUGUGUAUUUUAUUUACUUCAACCUAAGGGAUUAGUAAAUGGGUCUGUAAUUCUUUAAUUGGGGGAUAACUUUUAAACAUUUGUUUUUAUAUAUUUCCUGUAGACUUGAUUAUACAAAUUAGAGUUCAUUGUAUUUUAGUAAAAUGUUUUAUUGUUCUUUUUUACAUGUAAAAUCUUUAUUCAUUUAGAUCAAACUUUAUUAGUUUUGCUAUGUAGUUGUUUAAUGUUAUCAUUUUUAUUUUAAGUAAAUAACAAUUAAUUUUCAAAUGCAUGAUCCACCCUGAUCAGUCUGUCACAUACUGACUUAAUUAACAAUGUAAUAUUUUGACUCGACUUUCAGUCAUAUUGGUAUAAAAGGUUUCCCGAACAUAACUAAUAUAUUAGAGGGAAAACAACAAUACUGUGACCUAAAAAUAUAUGCAUUUGUUCAGCAUUUUGCUGCAAAGUAAGAGUUAAAACAUGAAAACAAAUAUGUACGUUUUAAGGAGUGUGCCCUUAAGUGUUGCUAGUUUGAUUUGUUGCAAGUACAUACUUGACUUAUUAACAGGUUCUUGUCAUGCAGAAUCUUUAGACAGGUUUUAUUGAAAUAAUAUUAGUUUUCUUACACUUUGCAAGUUACCAGGAUUACGGCCUGGGCAGAUUAUUUAUGUUUUCUAAAACCUGCGAAGUUGCUAUUUGUUUAGCAGGUAAUAAACUAUGAUACCAUAGUUUGCUCUCAGAACUGAACUAGGUUACAGGUAGAUUGACAUUGUGAUGUUUAACUGUGUCAUGUCCACAGCAGUGGUAUUAACUGAUAUAUGAAUUAAUACAAUACAAUAAGGACAUUAUAGUUGUAAUAAUGGUGGCAUUCACCACCAGCUGAAACGUUUUAUAGCACUAAAAUAUCUUAAUCAUGAAGUAUUGUUUUGUUCUACAUAUAAUUCAGCAUGACAAGAACCAUGUUAUUAAACUACAAUAUUUACAUGUUUGUUGCACAUGGAGCAUUUUAUGUUGUUCUGCUCUAGUUGUAUGAAUACAGUCCUAUUAUAACUGUAAGGUUGCAGUGUUACUACAAAUUUAUGUACAUUUGUCCAACUGGGACACUGUUUAAACACCUCUAUGUAGCAACAAUGUAUUUUAUUCCAUUUUUUCUAAUACAUAGAGGUAAUAGAUAUUAAAUGAGCUUCUCAAAAUAAAAAAAUGAUACUAGAUAAA